AUAUCAAUUUCUUGAUAUCAAUUCGCAUAAGGUUGUAGACAAUGGCCGAAUUAAAAUAUGCAAAUUCUAUUUCUUUUAUAUAGGCGACACUGUCUUCGUCCAGCAUUCUCUACUUUUUCAAUCUCUAGUUCUUGUGAAUCAUCAAAUAAGCAUAACGUGACUUGAAUAAGGAAAGCUAUGCUGGCAGCCAUUCGAAGAUUCAAUACUGUGGCAGAACAAUCGGCACGCCUAACCAAAUUCUCUCUUCAACCCCCAAAAUAUGUAGAAGUAGAAUUUGCCAAUGGUAGUGUAUUCAAGUUGUCUGCUGAAUUUCUCAGAAUAAAUAGCCCAGCAGUUGAUGGAAAAAUCAGAUCAAUUGGAGGUGAAAAGGUGAUAUCUGGAAGACGUCACGUGGGAAUUAUGUCUGCGGAACCAGUAGGAAACUAUGGGGUAAGGCUCAAUUUUGAUGACUUGCAUAAAACGGGUAUUUAUUCUUGGGAUUAUUUCUAUCAUCUAGGAAGCAACAAGUUUACCCUUAUGAGAAAUUACAUUAAAACACUGAAGAAAUACGGGCUUAGUCGAGAUCCACGAGGAAGAAAAUGACGCAGACUUCUGUUUGACUACCCAUAUCUAGUUUCAGAUGUGUUGGCAGUUGUCACUUAGCAAAUUCACCCUUUGGUAACUUCAAUCUAUUGAAACUGAAACUUCUGAUAUUGUAGAUUGUGUUGAAUGGAAUUAAAAUGCCUGCACUUAGCAAGGAAAAUACAAUAGUGUGCUUUGCAUAUUUUUCUUGAGUUUCUUUCUUUGUUUAAAGAUCUUGAUUUCAUUUUGGAUCAGGUUUUAUUUUAAUUAUACACUGAGUUUUUUUAA